UCUGACCAGCGAGUCGCUGCACAAGCAUUUUUACAGAAUUCUUCAUAUGGCAACAAUUUUAUCUGUCAAAAGUGUCAAACAACUGUCAAAAUGUUGACAGCUUCUGUUACCAAACAAUAUUGAUAUUUGUGUCACAUUUAUGUGAGUUUUUAUUUGCAAACAUAUGUUUGACCAGCGAGUCGCUGCACAAGCGUUUUUAGAGAAUUCUAUAUAUGGCAAUAAUUUUAGCUGUCAAAAGUGUCAAAAAUAUUGUCAAACGAGUUUACACAUAACCUAGAUUCUCAAAUUCUCAUGUUAGUUCAUUCGUUACGGAAGUUUAUAGUUUAUAUCGUAUUAUAAUGGCUAAACCGAUUAGAAGCAGUGUGAGGAGCAUGUUAUUUAAGAUAAUCUGUAACUAUAAUCAAGUUCGACACGACGAAAAUGAGAGAUUACUAGAAAAGAAGCGAAUAUUGGACGAAAUCAUUCAGGCGACCGCGGGCGUAGAUGACGAAAAUGUUAGAGAAACUAUUCAAAAGCUAGCAAGCGAACUGAAGAAUGUUAUUGAUAAUAACGCAUCAGAAUCAAGUUAUUUAGAGAAAGUGUCUACUAUGACAGGUGCAAGCAUUCGUACACUACGCACAAUUAAAAAAGAGGGUUCUAUUAACCAAGGCCAAUGGAAUACGCCAGGGAAAAAACGACCCCGGCCACCAACUGUGUCAAAUUUAGACAAUUUUGAUGUGUCAGCCAUCCGUAAUAAAAUUAAUGAGUUUUAUUGCGUCAAAAAGCAGGUACCUACUCUAAGAGCCUUACAUGCGGAUUUGAAAGAAUCUAUAGGAUUCUUAGGAUGUUGUGAAACACUGAGGAAAAUACUACACGAGAACGGAUUUGAGUUUAAAAAAAAUAAAGAAGAGCGCUCCAUCCUCAUGGAAAAGUUUGAAAUAUCUGGGUGGAGGCAAAGGUUUCUUAGAGCUAUACAUAAAAAACGGGAAGAAGGAAAAAAUAUUGUGUAUCUUGAUGAGACAUAUGUCCAUCAAAAUUACAGACCGAAGAAGUCAUGGCAAGGGCCUUCAACUUCCGGUUUAGUUGAAAAAAUUUCCUCGGGUAAGCGGCAUAUUAUAGUGCAUGCUGGAUCAGAGCAAGGAUUUGUGCCCAAUGCUUUGCUUGUUUUUAGCACAAAAUCCAAAGCAGCUGACUAUCAUGAUGACAUGAACACAGCAUGCCUCCUUGCCGGCACCCCGCCUUGGGAGCUGGACGCAGGGGUGCUGGCGGACAAGUACCGGCUGAGGGUGGAAGCCAGGGGGCGUGGGGAGCUCCCAGACGCGGAGGAGGCCGAGAGGAUGAUGCGGGGAGCCGCGGAGCGCCUGCGAGAGAGAUGGAGGGAGGCCUUGGAGGAUAGCCAUUAUGGAACCCGAACCAUAGGGGCUAUCCUCCCGAUAAUGGACGAGUGGGUGGAUCGGGGCAAGGGGGCCCUGACAUAUAGGGUGACGCAGGUGGUGUCCGGAGAGUCCGGACACGGCUGUUUUGGACACUACCUGCACAAAAUACAGAGGGAGCCGGGGCCUCAGUGCCACGAAUGUGGCGCAGCGGAUGAUACGGCUCAGCACACUCUGGAAGAGUGUAAUCGCUGGGCCGUGGAAAGAGCUUCCCUCAGGGCAGCGACGGGGGUGGCGGACCUCUCGCUACACAGCAUAAUAGCGGCGAUGCUGGGUAGCGAGAGGAAAUGGGAAGCGGUGGCCUCCUUCUGCGAAGAGGUCAUGUCGCGGAAGGAGGAGGCGGAGAGAGAGCGGUGA